UUAUGCUAAUUUGGUCUUUUGUGAAUUUAUUUUUCGCAAUCACAAGCUGUCUGUCACAAUUUUGAAGCACAGUUCUAAAACACAUUGAUCGCAAAUUAAUCUUUGUUGAUAAGUGAUCAAUUGUCGAACGAGAAAAUAAUCUAAUGUUGAUUGUGGAGUCAAAUUAAGUUAGCAUUUUUAUAAAAAAAGACUUGUAGCUAUGUUUGUUUUCUAUAAAACAUAUGGAAACACAAAAAAAAACAAAAAGACAAUGUAAUGUGGAAGGAGUAUAGAAUGAUGUUACUUUAAGUUUGGUAUUGCCCGAAGCAGCUAAAUUUGGCAUUCCAACAUUUUCUCCAGUUUUUCGUUAAUCUAAGAAGAAAGUGGUCCAGAAUGGCCACAAAUAAUACAGCCAAUGAACGGGUUGAUCAAAUAGCAAUUGAAGAUUUAUAUCCAGCAUUGGUACAAUGUUUUGGCACAAUUUUAUGCGGCUAUAUUGCUGGUCGACUAAAGAUUAUAACAAACGCCGAUACUAAAGGUUUAAAUACAUUUGUUGGCACGUUUGCGUUACCAUCCCUUAUAUUUACAUCGCUCGUCACGUUGGAUUGGAAAACGGUGAACUGGAUAUUCUUACUGGCUAUUCUCAUUUCAAAGUGUAUAAUAUUUUUUGCUGUUGGUAUUGUUUCACUUUUAAUGACAAAACCCACAAACUUCGGCAGAGCAGGCAUUUUAGCUAUAUUUUGCACACAAAGCAAUGAUUUUGCUAUUGGUUCACCCAUUGUGAACGCACUUUACCAUAAGGCACAUCCAGAAUAUGCAUCGUAUUUAUACCUUAUGGCUCCAUUGUCACUUGCAAUCCUCAACCCAAUUGGAUAUAUUUUCCUCGAAUUGUCAAGCGUUAAGAAACCAGCCACCCCCACUCAAGUUGAAAGUGCUGAGACCGCACAAACAGCAUUAAAUCAAGAUGGUCCCAAAAAAGUUACACUAAUAAAAGAAGCAUUGAAGUCCAUCAUUUUGAAUCCAAUUUUGUUUAUGACAGUCUUUGGAGUUAUUGGUGGAUUUUUGUUAAGCAGUUUACCGCCAGUGAUCGCCGGUGUUUUAGAUGUUUUUGGAAAAUCUUUUUCAGCUACAGCUCUAUUUCUGCUGGGACUUCGAAUGGUUGAUAGUACCAAAUAUUUUUGUGGGCCUGAACUAUUAACACCCAUAAUAUUGAUAAUAAUGAAAGAGUUAGCACUACCAUUGGUCAUACGUCAAACAAUAAAUAUCAUUGAUCCAAGUAGCUCACUCACCGAAACAACCGACUUGAGUACAUUUGGUUUUCUUUACGGAACAUUCCCAGCAGCACCUGGAGCGUUCGUGAUUGCUACUAAAUAUGAUGCGGAUGUGGAUUUAGUUGCGAGCAGUAUGGUUGCUUGUACAUUUAUUAGUGGACCAAUAAUAUUUAUUUCAGCGAAAAUGAUUUCUCUCACCAAUUUACAGCCAUCAGAUUUCUUCCCUGAGCUGGAAGCAUUUUCGUUCGAUAUAUCAAUUAUCGGAAUUUUAAUGGGAACUGCAACAAUAAUACUGUUCACAGUAACUAAAAGGCACCAAAAGAUGCCACAUAAAGUCACAUGUUGUUUGCUUAUCUCUCAAAUCAUUGUAUGCAUUGGUGUUAUGAUAUGGUCAUAUUUUGGUAUGGAGUCAAUCCCUGUAUUUUAUACACAAUUCAUACUGUAUACGUUUGGUUGCCUAAGCAGUCGCAUUUGGUGCGGUAUCAGUGCGAUUUCAAUGCUAUUCAUUCAAUAUAGAAGUUUAUGCUUUGUUUUGAAAAUGGUUCCAAUUUUUAUGGCAGUUGGUUGGGGUAUUCCAGCAAUUAUCAUAGGAUUUUUGUUAAUCUUUGAUAGAGAAAACAUUUUGCCUACCACUAAAAGAAAUCCAAAUUUUCAAUAUGGAAAUGCACAAGCAGCUAUUUCAUUGUUUAUUCUGGUCAUAACUUUUAUUGUUACUAUUGGGUGCCUAGUCCUGCACCAAAGAUAUAAGAGACGGGUUGAAAACUAUUUAUCACUUACAAAGGAACUAUCUACUGAGUCCGUGAAUACAAAGGAUACAUACAUUAGUAACGCUGAACGCAACACAUAUAUAAAUACAGAUAAUAGUGAACAAGAUACAACGAGAAAUAGAGUUAGACCAGCAAUUUCAUCGCAAGGUAGUUGCACAAGCAACGUAACAGUUUCAGACAUUGAAGAUUUAUGCAAAUCAAAUGGCAAUAACAAUACCAUACGCCCAAACGAAUUGUGCGAUUCUUCAUAUGCGUGUAGCGGUUCAUCUCGCCAACAUUGCCAAGAACUGGUGCGAGACUAUAAUCAACAGCAACAAUUGGAAUUUCAAGAAUUUUAUAAUAGCAUACAAAGUCUACGACACACAGUCGUAUUAAUCCUAUUGCUAUGUUCUAUGUUUGUGUCGAUUGCCUUAUCGGUGUGGACCCUAAUUAUGGAAGGAAUGUCUGGCAUUUAUAUAGAAUUGUCAUUUUUGGAAGCUUUCUUGAAUUUUGGACAGGUAAUGCUUGUUGCAGCUUGUUUCAUCACCGACACCGAUGAAUUCUGGAAGAUUAUUGGACGCUAUUGGCGCAAGCUAUCUCAAUUCAAUCGAAAUCGGAACAUACCACAAAUGCCAAUGCCAGGCUCAUCCUCUCCUAGCGCAAGUAAUGACAACAAAACAAAAAUUAUUUGUGACCAGUUUAUUCGACAUCAUCUAGAUAAUUGCAAAUUAGCCAUCGGAUCAGAUCGCUUCGCACACUGUCAACUGUACAAAGAAGCAUUUUAUGGAUCAACUUUUGUAAAUUGGCUUAUUACAGUGGGCCUUGCAACCGAUCGACGCAGUGCCAUUAAUUUUGCCAAUUAUCUGAUCGAUGGAGACAUUUUGCAUCACAUUAAUGACGUAAAAAAAUUUUAUGACCGUGACAUUAUCUAUUGUUUCAGUGUCUAAUAUUAUAUUAGACUUUUUAUUUUAUUUUUAUGAUGAAUUGUGAUAUUUAUUUUGUUUUCACAUAAGUUUUCUCUUCUAAUAAUAUUAAAAUAUUAUGCAAUCCAUGGUUUGUAUGAUUUUAAUGUUAUUUGGAAGAAUUUCCAGUAUAUUUUUGUGUCCUAUUUAAAUCAAUCAUAAAUGAUUUGACUUAUAUCGGCAUAUCGAUUUCGAAAACGUUACCUAAACCAAAAUCAAGUUUUUUUUCUUAUUUAAAUUUUUAAAAAUGUUUUUACUGCAUUAUUAUUGCAACCAAUUUAUACAAAUAUAUAGUAAUGCGAUAAUGUUUUACAAAGCUGUCUAUGAGGAAUAGCUUUGAUUAUGGACAACAAUACAUUUUAUCUUUAGUUUAUGUCCAAAGAUUUUGAAGAUUGUUAAAAAUAUAUGAAAGUUCCUGCAUUCUAUUCUUAUACUAGCUGAUAGUGGACUGCAAAAUAUUGUGAAAAUAUAAAAAUGAAUAUUAAAAAUAUCUAAGCGCAAAA